GUGUUUAACAGUAUCGUUAAAGGUGAGGACGGAUGCUGGUGGGGACAAUAACGUUCGCCUCGAUCAUUGCCUUUCGCGUUUUCAAUCGCAUCAGUCUUAUUUUCAAUCGUGUCCUGUGUGUGGCCAAACCAGUAUGAAACGUGUGUCAUUAAGAGAACGAAAGGAAUAAAAAUAUAGGAUUUGAUAAACGGAGUGUAAGAGGAGAUAUCUAAGGAGAAAUAAAAUGAAGAAAUUGAACGAUCAAACUUUAACUAUAGAUCUUUCAUGAUCUAAAGUUGAGUAUUAAAAUUACAAUUUUUUCAUAACUCGAAACAUAUUCUAUACUCGUCAUGCGAUAUAUCUAACGAGCUUAAAAACGAAAUGAAUUUAAUAAGAAGAUAAAUAUAUAAAUAUAUAUAUAUAUAUACGUAUUGUAAAAAUUAUUUAAUAAUAAUUUAAUCAUGACGAUGGAAAAGAACAAUACUAAUAGUGGACAAUUCAUCAAAGUGCAAACCGAACGAACCAGUUUUAAGCCAGCAGAAAGAUGGCGUAUUAUGAAGAACAUAUUAUUAAUAGGGACUGCAUUUAUGGUGAAUUUCACUGCAUUUAUGGGUGCUUCGAAUCUUCAAAGUUCUAUAAAUGCUAGCCAAUCUCUCGGCACGUUUACGCUUGCUGCGAUCUAUGGAAGUUUGAUAUUUAGUAACAUCUUCCUUCCGUCUUUGGUGAUAAGUUGGCUUGGCUGCAAAUGGACAAUGUCUCUGGCUAUAUUGACCUACGUACCAUUCAUAGCAGCACAAUUUUAUCCAAGAUUUUAUACCAUGAUUCCUGGUGGAUUGAUGGUUGGACUAGGUGGUGGACCACUUUGGUGUGCCAAGUGCACUUAUCUUACGGUCGUGUCUGAAGCUUAUGCCUCUGUAUCUGAUCUUGCCACUGAUGUUUUGGUCACUAGAUUUUUUGGACUCUUUUUUAUGUUUUAUCAGAUGGCACAAGUUUGGGGUAAUCUUAUCUCAUCGGCAGUUCUGUCCUUUGGAAACGAUGAAGCAACGUCAACGAACGUAACAUUGAACAGUAGUAUCGUCGCCGAAAUUUGUGGAGCCAAUUUUUGUGUAGCAUCUUCGUCUACGAACGACAAUCCAAAUCUAGAGCAACCACCGAUAGAGAGGAUCCACUUGAUAUCUGGCAUUUAUGUUGCCCUUAUGAUAUUGGCCUCUCUGGUUAUCGCGUUUGGGGUUGAUUCGUUGUCUAGGUAUGACAGAGGUAGAAAGGGCUCGGUGACAGGAUUAACAGGAUUAAAGCUCUUGGCGGUUACGUUGAAACUGUUGAAAGAAAAGAGUCAGCUUUUAAUACUACCCAUAAUAAUUUUCAUUGGAGCCGAGCAAGCUUUUCUCUUUGCCGAUUAUAACGCAUCCUUUGUUUCUUGCGCUUGGGGUAUCAGUAAUAUUGGAUACGUUAUGAUUUGUUUCGGUAUUGCCAAUGCAAUUGCAGCAUUGACUACAGGUUCCAUAAUAAAAUUGACUGGCAGGAUUCCCGUUAUGAUAUUUGCCUUUUGCCUUCACAUAGGGAUUUUAAUUUUUAUGUUGAACUGGAAACCAACACCCAAUCAAGGGAUGAUAUUCUUUUUAAUUUCUGGAUUAUGGGGAAUCUGUGACUCCAUCUGGUUGGUGCAAGUUAACUCUUUAAGUGGUUUACUAUUCCCCGGAAGAGAGGAAGCAGCUUAUUCCAAUUUUCGACUAUGGGAAUCCACUGGAUCUGUGAUAACGUACAUAUACAGUCCUUACUUAUGUACUUACAUGAAGAUUCAUAUCUUGAUGGCUAUUCUUUGCAUCGGCAUGAUAGGUUACGCUAUUAUCGAAUGGUUAACGAUGGAUUACAAAUGACUUACCUUGAGAGGUAGGGAUUAAAAGUUGGGCUCCUUGAAGACCCUGAACUAAUUGACCGGACAUAAGGAUGAAUUGCGGCAUUGCUACUGGUUGUGGUUGAGACAAUAGCUGAGGUAACGUCACCAUUGGCGCUGGACUUGGUGGUAAAAGAUGUGGUCCUGCUGUUGUACUCGAGGCAGUUGGUGCGGUGCCCCCUAUAAAGGGGAAAAAAAAAAAGAAAAAAAAAAAAAAAACAAUUUGACGAUACAUCAAAUAUUCUUUUUUAUCUAUUUCGAUCGUUUAAUUAUUAAGAAAAUUAAUGUUGUCUCUACCGGAUGAGCUAACGGUGAGAUUCAAAGGGGUAUUGAUCAACUGAUUGUUGCUCAGUCCAGCCGUCAUUCCCUGAAGACCAGCAGCCAAUGAAGCGACCUGCGGAAGAUUCUGAAGAUUCGCUAGAUUUUGAAGGUUCUGUAGAGUCACCAUACCGGCCACUGUAAUUAUAAAUGAUUCGCGAUGCUAAAUAAUUUUUCUAUUAAUACUGAACCAUCUAAACCUAAUCCUACUCGUAAGAUAAUAUAAAUAAAGAAAUUUCGGUGCUUACUGGUUCCGUUGAGAUGAGCUUGCGCUACCGCCGCUCGUUUCGCUUGAUGGAGAUUUUCCGGCGACGGACUUCGCCGUCUUUUCCGAGAAUUUUUUACAUCGUCCAUCAUCAUUUGAUGUUCAUGAAGCGAGCCUGUCGCCGAUUCGGGACUCUCCAAACUCUGUAGAUUUUCUAAAUUUUGUAGAUUUUGAAGGGUAACCAUUGCGGCCACUGUAAAAUACAAUUGAUAUUAAAAAAAUAAAAUUAACAUUCUUGAUUGAUUGAUACUUAUUAUCUCUAUUGAUACUUACUGGUUCCAUUAAGAUGUGCUUGUGGUACGGCUGCACGUUUCGCUUGAUGUAAGUUCUCAGGAGAUGGAGUCCGUCGUCUUUUCCGCGAAUUCUUUAUAUCUUCCAACAUCAUUUGAUGUUCGUGCAUAGCGCCUGUCGCUGGUUCUGGACUUCCACUGCUACUCCUGUCGCUGUCCUAAAACAAUAAAUGAUUUCAUUAGAAAAAUGAUUUAUCACGAAUAAAUUUUAAGAAUCAAACUUAUUUUAAAAAUCAAAUUAAUUUAUUCCGUAUAGUUGAUUUAACAAAAAUCACGCAUUAAAGUUCGUAGAAUAAGGAUUG